AUGGAAGACGAAAUCGCCGCUCUCGUUGUUGACAAUGGAUCCGGAAUGUGCAAGGCCGGUUUUGCCGGCGACGACGCUCCGCGCGCCGUCUUCCCGUCGAUCGUCGGACGUCCACGUCAUCAGGGAGUCAUGGUCGGAAUGGGACAGAAGGAUUCGUAUGUCGGCGAUGAAGCGCAAUCGAAGAGAGGAAUCCUCACCUUGAAAUAUCCAAUCGAGCACGGUAUUGUGACCAACUGGGAUGACAUGGAGAAGAUCUGGCAUCACACUUUCUACAACGAGCUCCGUAUUGCUCCAGAAGAGCAUCCAGUUCUUCUUACUGAGGCUCCACUCAACCCAAAGUCGAACCGUGAAAAGAUGACUCAGAUCAUGUUUGAAACCUUCAACACUCCAGCCAUGUACGUCAACAUUCAAGCCGUCCUUUCGUUGUACGCUUCCGGAAGAACUACCGGAAUCGUUUUGGAUACCGGAGAUGGUGUCACCCACACUGUCCCAAUCUAUGAAGGAUAUGCCCUUCCACAUGCCAUCCAGCGUUUGGAUCUUGCCGGUCGUGAUCUUACCGAUUACAUGAUGAAGAUCCUCACCGAACGCGGAUACACUUUCACCACCACCGCCGAACGCGAAAUCGUUCGUGACAUCAAGGAGAAGCUCAGUUACGUUGCUCUCGACUUCGAGCAAGAACUCGCCACAGCUGCUUCCUCCUCGUCGCUCGAGAAGAGCUACGAACUUCCGGACGGACAAGUCAUCACCAUCGGAAACGAGCGAUUCCGAUGCCCAGAAGUUCUGUUCCAGCCGGCCUUCAUCGGAAUGGAAGGAGCCGGAAUCCACGAGACCACUUACCAAUCGAUCAUGAAGUGCGAUGUCGACAUCAGAAAGGACCUCUACGCCAAUACAGUUCUCUCCGGAGGAACCUCGAUGUUCCCUGGAAUCGCCGAUCGUAUGCAAAAGGAAAUCCAACACUUGGCGCCAAGCACGAUGAAGAUCAAGAUCAUCGCUCCGCCAGAGAGAAAGUACUCCGUGUGGAUCGGUGGAUCAAUUCUUGCCUCGCUCUCCACAUUCCAGCAGAUGUGGAUCUCGAAACUCGAAUACGACGAAUCGGGACCAUCGAUUGUUCACCGCAAAUGCUUCUAA